AUGCGACAACCACGACCAUCACUGCAGCUGCUCGACCUGCCAAACGAAAUCAUCGGCCAUGUCUUCGCUUUCUUGGACUCAAUGCCGCCUUCGCUUACGGACGUCAUGGCGUUACCGGCACGGCCACAAGUGCAGCACGUCGCAUCUACGCCACUGAAAAAGGCGUCGAUACUGAACCACCGUCUGCGAAAGAUUUGUCUGCCGUUACUGUUUCGUCAUAUCUUCAUAUCAUCUGUCGACCGGUUGAGCAGUAUAUUCGCCUUUGCAGUCAGCAACGACCUCGCCUUACAUGUAGCAACGGCACAGAUCUAUCUUCAUGGGCCUUCAAGCCACCAACGACCCGCCUGGUGGAUCCGUCUCCUAGAACAAUUCCCCAGACUGUCCACGCUCACCAUUACCGCCCCGCCUAAUGUCUUCGCAGAGGUGGUCAGCCAGCCCAUCAAGCUCUCCGAUGCGUGGGCCUUCAAGAUCCCGUUCCAGACCAUUCAGCUCCAUUAUGACCCUUCAACUACAAGCAGCACUGCGCUAGAUCACACGUCUAUUCUUCAUGCGCGACCCUGGAGCUCUUUUCUAGUCAACGAGUCUUGCUCGCUUCUAGCCUACACUACAUACGAAUACUUCCUGCGAAGUACGCCUUCGCCGCUAUGGCCGGAUCCAGCACACAAUGUUUUACACCUGCUGUGCAACAUCAGGUCGUUUUCAUUCGUUGCAAUAUUCCCCACCUACACCCAUGUAGCUCAGAUUACCGAGAUUAUGAAGAACUGUAUGCCCAGGAUCGAGGCCAUCACCAUCAAGCUGCUACCGGAUCCACAGAGCACAGUUCUCCAAGACAUGCUCGAGGCGAGUGGGCAUCACUUCGAUGUCAACGAUCCAUGGAAUGAAUUUGAGACGAGCUUGACGCUGAUAGGAUCGGCGGUGGUUGAUCUAAGCGGAACGGACGGGCCGGACAGAAGCCUAAGAGAGCUCAGCAUGCCAGAUGUGUGCAUAACAGGCCUCAAGGACACGAUCGAGGAAGGCAUUACGAGAUGGCUGACAGAACAGCCUGUGCACGGCUGGGCAUAUCGAGGCCAGGGGCUUUGGAGACGAGAUCUGGCCUCAGAAACAGCUGAGACUAUCACACAGUGA